UGGAAUAAAUCCACGCGUCUAACAAAGCCAACCUUGCUCAACAAGGACAGCAAUAUUCACAAGCAGCCGGAUCGUCCGACCAAGCCGCCGCAAUCCACACACAAAAGACUUGCGACUCGCAAACACUAUCAACCCGCGGUCACCGUUCACUCACGUAGUGAACUCGACCGUACAACUUCGAUUAUCACGUUUCUACUAAACAACGCGAUAAUUGUAUUAAACUCAAUCACCGCACGUGCCUUUAACAAAUUAUUUCGGACGCAUCAUUUACUAUAUUCAAACCCAGCGAACGUAACGGUCAACAGUCGAAAUGGACGCCGAGGAUGGUAAUUGCAUGGGCAACGGCAACAACACCGUGGAAGACCAAGAUCAAGACCAGCACGAUGCACAGGGCAACAACAGAGGUUUCCAAGAGAAUACUGUGGCUAAAAUGGUCACCCAGCGAAAUGCAACUCAUUAUUCCAUGGAUCAUAAAUACAGAGGCAAGGUUAUUAUCUUCAACCAUGAGCAUUUCAGAGUUGCUGGAUUGAAAUCCAGGUCUGGUACUCAGAAUGAUUGCAAUAACAUCUAUUUGACAAUGAAGGGUCUGGGAUUUGAUGUUACUGUGUGCCAGGAUUUGGACUAUCAAGAGAUUAAUGCUACUGUUAUUGAAGCCGUGAACGAGGACUACUCUGACUGCGAUUGUUUCGUAAUGAUCGUGCUCUCCCACGGCGAAAUGGGAAUACUCUACUCCCGCAACGCGCCCUACAAACCGGACGUGCUGUGGAGCCCGUUCACCGCCGACCGUUGCCCCACGCUGGCCGGCAAGCCAAAACUAUUCUUUAUUCAAGCAUGUCAAGGCGACAAACUGGACGGCGGCGUUACAAUGCGCACCGAAACCGACGGCCACCCGGAUGAAUCAUACCGUAUCCCUUCGCAGGCCGAUUUUCUUAUCUGUUACAGCACUGUCCCAGGUUACUACUCAUGGCGUAACACCACCAAAGGUUCAUGGUUCAUGCAGGCGCUCUGUGAGCAGCUGCAGGAGUACGCGUACAAGUACGACAUUCUUACACUGCUAACGUUCGUCAAUCAGCGCGUCGCACUGGACUUCGAGAGUAACACACCCGAUACGCCGCACAUGCACAAACAGAAGCAGAUUCCGUGCAUCACGAGCAUGCUCACCAGGCUGUUGCUAUUCACCAACAAAGGAGAAGGAAAAUCGGGCAACGCGCUUUAUGAGACUGUCGAAGCGAACGUUGAUAACGUUAAGACUAAAGAGAAAGACAAGGGUAAAAACAUUUUCAGCUCACUAUUCGGUUCCUCAAAAUCGCAACAGACUUAUCAGGUUAACAAUUAACUAUGCAAUUGGAAGACAACCUAAAUGAAGAAAAAUACUGAGUAUUUAUAAAUUUGCACACCGAAUACUUAACGUUUAUAUUUAGAUUAAUUACUGUUUAUUGAGCAGUAUUUGCCAUAAGAUUAGUUAAGAUUAUAUAUUUACAAGUAAUUACGUAUUUCUGAUUAGGCAAUGAUUCUUUUAUUUUGCUCAUUAGUAUAUAUUUGGGAACGGUUUUUAUACAAUCAAAAAUUAGUGUUCAGAUUUUAUAGAAAUAUUUUACUGCAAUCCUUAAAUUAAUCAUUAUGAAAUGUGAUAUAUUCAUGCAGUCCAAAGUAGAAACUGUGAAAAUGAUUUUGAUAAAUGAAUUAACUUUGAGAUCAAUGUUUGUAGUGUUAAAAAAAAGUAUUUAUGAUACAAAUAGAACUAUUAUAUGUAUAUUUUUAUAUUUCUUUAUUCUGCUUAUUGAAUUGUGAACUAUAUUAAGUAUAAAUUGUGGUUUGUAACAGUCCACUGCCAAAUGAUGCCUUGUAUUUUUUCAACAAGUAAUUCUGUAUUAACAAAUGUUUGUCUUUGUAUUAAAUACAAUUUGUAAUAGCAAAACAGUAUAAAUAUUACCAAUAUAAAUUCAAAAAUAAUAUAA